UCCGUGCGUUCGCCCGCAUCGGCAGCCAUUUUGUGUUUGCUGAAAGGUGGUAGGGAACGGGUCGGGCUCUGAAUCCGAGUUGUGUUGUGUCUCAUGUUGGAACAGACAGUGCACGGCCUAGAGCAAUAGUUGAAGAUGAGCGGUGCGAACAGUACACCCCUCGGGAGAAUGAAUCCCGCCAUUGGGGCUGGGAAAAAGCCAACUGUUACUGGAGGUUCCUCGCUCCUCAAACCCUCAUACAUGAGCACUCUGCCCAAUACAACUUCUGUUGGUUCUUCUACUGCAGCAGCAGCCGCCGCCGCCGCCGCUGCAGCUGCCGCAGCAACGGCUGCUAUAAACCAGAAUGCAGCCAAACGAGAGAGCGAGUCCAGUUAUGAUAGUGAGCGGGAGGAGAGAAAAAGAAGAAGGAAAUCACGCUGGCAGGGAGAUGAGAAGGACAAAACAUUCAUUCCAGGCAUGCCAACUGUUCUCCCCAGCAAUAUGUCCAAGGAUCAGGAGGAAGCAUAUUUACUGCAGCUGCAGAUUGAAGAAUUAAGUCGCCGUCUUCGCUCCAACGAUCUGGGCAUCUCACCUAAUCCUGAAGACAGGUUGGCACUUCUCUCCUAGUUAACUCCCGUCCAGGUGAACUGGAGCCACCCCAUUGGCUUGUGGCACCCUGUCUCCUGUUACCCCGUGGCCACACCACUGGGCCAGGGUCAGGCUGGGCAGCACCAGGUUUUACACACAGUACCUAUUAAAGUAUCCUUCAGGUCUUUCUGUCUCUUGUGUCCUAUAUAACACUUGCCAUCCCUUAGUUUAGCAUGUUAUCAUGCUCAUGGAUGGCUAUAUGAUGGGUUACCAGGGAAGGUAGGAACUUAAGUUAGUUGGAGACAUUGUCCAGGUAUGUACCUUUUUCUUCUUGAGUGGCAUGAAAUAGGUUUGAGACUAGGGUUGUAUCCACUUGAAAAUACAUUGAAUCAUGUGGUGGACAACAUGAAAGAAUUCAGUUGUCAUUCUUUGGUGACCUGUAGUUCUUCCAUUUAUAGAACAAAGAUAUUACUUGAUUCCUCAAAGUAGAGUUAAAAUAGUAUGGGUAUUAUGUGCACUAUGUCUCCCUCAGUAUAAGCCCUUCAGUCUCAAUAUCAGCAUGUACAUAACUUGCCUGAUGUUUCUAGAUGCUCUUUGUUAAUGAGAGCAACAGAUGCUACACAUUCUUUUUAUAUAUACAGAGCAUACUUUUUGUUUUGUUUUCUUUAUGAUUC